AUGGCUAUUGUAAAUGAAGAAAAUGUUCAACAAGAAUUUAAUCCACCGAAGAAGAAACCACCUACUGAGGAUGAGAAGAGGAAGAAGAAAAUUGUAGCUGGGAGUUUGAUGAAAGCUUUGAUUAGACCUGGUGGUGGUGAUUCUCAUCCUUCAGAUGCUGACCAGGUUAUCUAUCAUUCCACAAUUCGAACUUUGGAUGGAGUUGUUGUGGAAUCUACCCGAUCCGAUCAUGGAGGCAAGGGAACACCAAUAAGACAUGUAUUGGGUAAAAGCAAGAUGCUAUUGGGCUUGCUAGAAGGAAUUCCAACGAUGUUUAAGGGUGAAGUGGCAAUGUUCAAGAUGAAGCCUCAGCUGCAUUAUGGUGAGGAUGAUUGUCCUGUUUCUGCUCCUGAUGGUUUUCCUAAGGAUGAUGAACUCCAUUUUGAAAUUGAACUGAUAGAGUUUUUCAAGGCCAAGGUUAUCACUGAUGAUUUGGAAGUGGUUAAAAAGGUUGUACGUGAAGGGGAGGGUUGGGAAUCUCCAAGAGAACCUUAUGAAGUGAAGGCUUGGAUUUCAGCAAAGACAGUUACUGGGAAAUUGAUCAUGUCACACACAGAAGGAGAACCAUACUUCUUCACAUUUGGAAAAUCAGAGGUACCUAAAGGUCUUGAAAUGGGGAUCGGAACAAUGGUUCGAGAAGAAAAAGCUGUUAUAUAUGUUACAAGUCAGUAUUUAACUGAGUCUCCUCUGAUGCCUGUUAUAGAAGAUUCUGAAGUCCAGUUUGAAGUGGAGCUUGUUCAUUUUGUUCAAGUGAGGGACGUGCUUGGAGAUGGACGCCUAAUAAAACGUCGGAUUCGUGAUGGAAAAGGUGAUUUUCCAAUGGAUUGCCCCCUCCAUGACAGUCUACUUCAUGUUCAUUACAAGGGUACUGUUCUCAAUGAAGAAAAUAGGGUUUUCUAUGACACGAGAGUUGAUAACGAUGGCCAACCAUUGGAUUUCUGUUCUGGAGAAGGACUUGUACCAGAGGGAUUUGAAUUGUGUGUUCGUCUGAUGCUACCUGGAGAGAUGGCUCUUGUCACAUGUCCGCCAGACUAUGCUUAUGAUAAGUUUCCAAGGCCUUCAAAUGUUCCCGAGGGUGCUCAUAUUCAAUGGGAAAUCGAGCUUCUAUCUUUUGAAAUGCCAAAGGACUGGACAGGAAUGGACUUUAAAAGUAUAAUGAACGAAGCUGAAAAUAUCAGAAACACGGGUAACAGGUUGUUUAAAGAAGGAAAAUAUGAACUUGCAAAGGCAAAGUAUGAAAAGGUGCUUCGAGAAUUUAAUCAUGUUAAUCCUCAAGACGACGAGGAAGGAAAAAUAUUUUCAGAUACACGUAAUUUGCUACACCUGAAUGUUGCUGCAUGCUAUCUAAAGUUGGGAGAAUGCAGAAAGUCCAUUGAGACAUGUAAUAAGGUUUUAGAAGCAAAUCCUGCGCACGUUAAGGGUCUUUAUCGUCGUGGAAUGGCCUACAUGGGCAAUGGAGAUUUUGAAGAAGCAAGGGCUGAUUUCAAAAUGAUGAUCAAAGUCGACAAGUCAACUGAAUCAGAUGCAACUGCAGCUCUUCUAAAACUGAAGCAGAAAGAGCAGGAAGUUGAGAAGAAAGCUCGGAAACAGUUUAAAGGGCUAUUUGACAAGAAACCUGGAGAAAUUGCAGAAGUUAAAGCUAAUGACGAUGAAAAUCAAGUCACAAGUGAAAUCCAGAAAGAUGGUGAGGUACAUGAACAAGACUCAUCAGAUGGAACGAAUUCGGAGGAUUCACAUGAAGCUGCACCUGACGCAGAUCAAAGGGGUUGGUUUGCUCACUUUUGGCCUAACGGUAGUAGAAUUUUUUCGUCUCUUGGGCUUCAUAGAUGUACCAUACUAUAAUUCAACUUAGACCAUUGGCCAUAAUACGAUUUUCAAAUGGAGGCAUUUCAGAUCACUGUAUUACCAGAGUUUUUAGAGAGUUCAGGCAUGUUACCAGGAAUAAAUUUGUGUUCAAUUUUAUAUUAUCAUCUUAAACACUUGUAAUAGUUAGUUAAAUAAAAUUGUAUGCAUAAUAGGAAAUAGCAGAAAGUGACCAAAGUGAAGUAGUUGUUAAAAGUGCUACAAUAUAGUUGUAAUAUUAUUAUUUUAACUUGAUGUGAGGAUAGACAUGAUAUGUAGUGCAAUGAAAAUGAUGAAUUUGGAUCCUCUUAUGGGAUUUAAUGUUGGCAAA